AUGGACAGCAAGACAAAGAUCGCAGGCUUCCUGGACAAGAUCAAGCCCCGGAGUGGCAAGCAAGCCGCUCCCAACGGUCAGGGACACCAGUCAGACAGCGACACUUCUGUCAUUCGCGAUGGCGAUCUCGCUUUCGUCCGCCAGACAGCCGAGAAUGGCACGUCUGCCUACCAGGAGGCCGUGGGGGCGCCCGUUGAGGCGCGCUCGCCGCUAGGCUACCAUGUCAACUGGCUCACCAUCAUCUUCCUCAACGUCAACCACAUGGUGGGCACCGGUGUCUUCUCCACGCCGGGCACCAUCCUCAAGCUCACGGGGUCCGUCGGCUUGGCCCUGGUCUACUGGGUCAUCGGGCUCAUCCUGGCCAUCGCCGGUCUCGGCGUUCACAUGGAGUUCACCAGCUACUUCCCCAACCGCAGCGGUUCCGAGGUCGUCUGGCUCGAGCAGAGCUACCCGCGACCCAAGCACUUCUUCCCCAUCGCCUUUGCCGUCCAGACCGUCCUCCUAUCCUUCAGCAGCAGCAACGCCAUCGUGCUGUCCACCUACCUCUGGCGCAUGGCUGGGCGCGACCCCGGCCCCUGGGAGCUCAAGGGCGUCGCCAUCGCCGCCUACACCGUGGCCGUCAUCUGCGUCAUCGCGCACAACAAGUACUCUUAUUGGGCUAUCAACGGCAUCGGUGCCCUGAAGCUGCUCCUCAUGACCUUCAUCGCCAUAUCGGGCCUCGUCAUCCUCGGCGGUCAUGUGUCCAAGAUCGAGAACCCGGGCUCCAACUUUGCCAACGGCCAUGGGUUUGACGGGACGACGUCGAGUGGUUACAACCUAUCCCAGGCCAUGGUCAACAUCUCGUUCGCCUUCUCCGGGUGGCAGAACGCCUUCAGCAUGGCCAACGAGAUCAGGAACCCCAUUCCGACUCUCAAGAAGAACGCCACCGCGUCCCUGCUCAUCGUCUUCGUCCUCUACUUCCUUUGCAACGUCGCCUACUUCGCCGCCGUCCCCAAGGAGGUGUUCAUGGAGUCGGACCAGCUGGCGGCCGCCGUGUUUUUCCGCACUGCAUUUGGCAAAAAGGCCGAGUCGGCCCUCAACUUCUGCGUGCUUCUCAGCUCCUUUGGUAACCUGCUUGCCGUCCUCAUCCAGCAGUCACGGCAGAUCCGCGAGAUUGCGCGCCAGGGCGUGCUCCCCUGGACGGAGUUCUGGGUCUCUACCAAGCCGUUCGGCACUCCUCUCGGUCCCUACCUCCUCAAGUGGUUCGUCACUUUCAUCAUGAUCCUGGCGCCCCCGGCAGGUGACGCCUUCCAGUUUGUUGUCAGUCUGAAGACGUACCCCGAGGCCAUCUUCCACGUCGCCAUGGGCAUCGGUCUGAUCAUUCUCCGCCGCCGCCGUGACCGCUCCGGCACACCGCCGUCCAGCUUCAGGGCCUGGUGGACCAUUGUCGGUCUGUAUGUACUCUCCCAGCUCUAUCUCCUCAUCAUGCCUUGGAUCCCUCCGGAGGGUGGCAUAUAUGACGGCACCGUGAGCUUCUUCUAUGCUACCUACAUGAUUGUCGGCAUCGGCAUCAUUGGCUUGUGCGGCGCCUAUUACUAUCUCUGGAUGGUCGCUCUUCCCCGUUGGCGCAAGUACACCAUCCGGUCGCAAGUGGUUGAUAUCAGCGACAACGGUGCCAACACCCACCGCCUCGUGCGCGUGCCUAAUGCCGAAGUGGCCGAGUGGGAUGCCACUCACGACGAACUUGGCCGCGAGGUGCGUCAGAGACGUCGUGGGGAUGGAAGCAUUGAUCUGGUGCACGAGGACCCUGAAGGGUCCAAUUUGAAGGUCAGCUCUACUCAAAGCAUCUCAAAGGUCUGA